AUGAUCGCUUUUGGAAUACAUCAAGAGAGUGUGAAUCUGUUGAUCCCGGGAGUCCCAUCAGCGGUUUCGAGCGGAUUCUUCGCCCAGUACACCGCCGACAAAACCGAUGCGCAGGCGCGAGCCGAUGCGCUCACUUAUAUUGACCACCUAUCGGAUGCGAACAUUCGCACGUCUCUCCGGAAUUUCAUGAACAAACGCGAGCAGCAGCGCGAUCAACGGAAAGCACUCAUGCUGAAAGCGCUCAACGACUUGAAUAUCACAUCGAAAACGCGUGACAUGCUCAACAAAAUGGAGCAAGUCCGCGUGGCUGACAUCACGGGAGAUCAAAAGAAAUCGAAGAUUCGAAAUCUUUAUAUUGAGGGCGCGGACGAGCCGGAAACGAAGACCGAAAUGGAAAAGGUGGGGGAAACUCUUGAAAACUUGACGAUUUUAAAAGUU